AUGGUCAACCUAAUUGACCCACCAAUGAUGGUUCUCGCUGGGAUGCUGCUGCUGCUGCCUCUGGCCACCGCCGAACCCCCCACGCUGCACCGCUCCACCGCGCCCGCCACCAGCUCCACUGCCGCCACCACUGCCACCACAACCCCCACCACCAGCUCCACUGCCGCCACCACUGCCACCACCACCCCAACCACCCCCACCACCGCCGCCGCCACCACCCUCUGCUCCGCCACUAACCCCCCCACCACCAGCACCACUCCCACUAGUGCCACCACCCCUGCCCCCUCCACCCCCUCCACCACCGCCGCCCCCUCCGCCACCUCCGCCCCCCCUGCCCCCCUUGCCCUUGCCGCCCUUGCGCCUCCCACUAGGAGCAGACGCAGCCCCGACCCCCUCAGCACCGAGGUAGUCGACAGCAGCAGCAGAUGCAAUGGAGGGGAGGAGGGGGACGGGGGGGCACCACUCAAAGAAGGGAGCGUGAGGGUUGCCGCGAGAGGCACCUACAGCUACAAUGCUCUUCUCAGCUGCUAG